UUCUACUAUAGAUUUGUUGGUGCACCUGUCAAGAAUGUGUUACUCUAUCAGUUAUCCAUCUACUAUUCUAUUAGUUGUGGAUUUAUUGUUGUAUUUGUUAUAUAUCCAAUGUUUGUGUUACUAAGGAUUUUUUCUAGUGUGGCAGUGAAUUUUGUGCUCCACUCAAACUUUUUUGCAGCCAUCAGAUUGAUAGAUAUGUACAUGAAGAAUAGGGGGAUAGGGAGCACACACAUGGUGUUUGAUGGAAUGGCUGAGAUUUGUUGACUACACAUUAUCCUUGUUUUUCUUCACAUGUUUUGAAAGAUAUUUUCGAUAUAAUAAUAAUAAUAAAAAACCUGCAUUGUUUGAAUCCUUUUAGAUGAUUUCUAGUCCAUUUUUAAGGCUAUCCUUCAUUUACCAUUUGCAGAUUCUUGACUUUACUCAUUUUGUAUUUAUAGUUGUAGCUUUAAGUUAAUCUAGAGCUAGUUAUAAGUGACAUUCCUACUUUUCCAUUUGAAUGGUUUAAAAUUUUAGAAGAUAAUAAUAUGAAUUAAGAAGAGGAAAAUAAAACAUGGUAGGAGAAUUCUUUUGAUGACUGUUGAUAUUUAUGACUUGUGCAUGUCACCUCAAUGCAAGGAGGUCAUGUUUAGACAGAUUUUAUAUCCAAAAAUAACUUUUGAGAUAGAGGACGAAGUUACAACAUAAUUGAUAUGUCCUUUAGGAACAGGUCUUAGAUGUUAAAAGUCAAAAAAGAAUAACCAUGUCAUCAAACAACAUUCAUCAAGGGACUUCAUCUUGGACACUAGAUAUCAGGUUAUGGGAGAAUUGGGAAUGGAUAGCCAAUCAUUUGCUUGUUUAUGGAGAUGGGUGUUGUGGGAUUCGUAGCUAACAAGAGCACUUGUGUAGGAAUGCUAAACGGGUGUGCAAACAUGGGCUCAAUGUGCUUUUUCCAAGCAACCCCACACACAAGUGAUGUCUAUGAAAUGGUUGCCUUGCUUUUUAAGGAACAUCAGAAUUUGCUAGAGGAAUUUGUAAGUUUCCUACCUAAUCCCAUCAGGGUGGAUCUUAUGCAGCAUGCUUUGGUAGAAAGGAGCUUGGCUAUGCCCAUGGUGCAACAAGUUCAUGGGGAAGAGGGUGCAGCUGCUUGUUUAGAAGAAUUGUUGAUUUUAGCAGCUGCUUGUUUAGAUGUACAUGGGGAUGACAGUGUGAAGUAUCUGUAAUAGAAGUUUGUUAUAAGGGUGAGCAUGCAUAUGUUCCUAUAACUCAAGAAAGGUUACUGGUCCUAUCAAUUUUGUUGGUCCUAUCAAUUUUCACAUAUUCUGUUGAUCCUAAAUAGUACUUCACAAUUCAUGACUUCUUUAAUACUUCCCACAAAACAGAGGGUACUUUUAUCUUGUGGGUAAGAACAAAAGACCACUUGAUUUUUAAGGAAAUUGACAAAAUACAUUGGAAGUAUUUUCCAAAAAUCCUAGCAUUCACAUGUGAAUGUAGGAUGCACUGUAUGAUUUUAUUGCUAUUUUUAAUAAAUGUAUCGUUUUUUUCCUGAUUGCAUUUAUGUACUAUUCCUAUAGCAUUAAUUGUAUUAGCUUAGAUGAGUUGAUUAUUCACAGCAAGUGACAAUUUUAUAUACUAUUCCUAUAGCAUUAAUUGUAUUAGCUUAGAUGAGUUGAUUAAUCCUAGCAUUAAUUCCUACCUUAAGCGUGCAUCACUGGGACCUAUAGUAAACGUGCCACUGUGAAGAAAACACCACAACUAGACAAUUUUAGUAGUUGGUGGGACCCACACAUCAACAGGUGAAUGGUAAAUGGUACCUUUUAUUGUGGAUCACCCCUGGACCAAAGACCUGCUACCUUUUGUUGUUGUAAGUUCCUAAUUAGUUUGUUUCUGUAUUGUGUCAGAGCUAUCCGGAUGUUGAGCGGGGGUCCCUGGAAGGUGGGAACCGCUGUUAUGAUCAUGAUGAAGCUGUCCAUUUCCUAUAGACAACAUUAUGGGUGGCCUGGCCAUUUGGACAUGCCCGUGUUUA